AUGCACGAUUUCAUGUGGGAUGGUCAAAAUGACGGUAGACCACAUAACCGAAUCUGCCUGACGGAGCUUCAGAAAAUGGUCGAACAGUCAGCAAGUGGACAUGUGAUAAGGCCGGGUAUUGAGAUUCCCGAACUUAUAAAGGCGCGUAAGACCCGUCAGUCCUCCUCAUCCACCUCCAUCCACAACCACGUCGAUAUGUCUACCCAAACCUCCUCCAACAAGGCCGCUCUCCUCCAAAAGAAUGACAACGACAUUGUCAUUGUUUCCGCUGUGCGGUCAGCCAUUACUAAGGGCAAGAAAGGAGGAUUCAAGGACACCAAACCAGAACUGAUCCUUUCUCAUGUUCUCCGCGCUGCCUACUCAAAGGUCAACCUCGACCCCAAACUCAUUCAGGAUAUCGCUGUCGGCAAUGUUCUCCCACCAGGCGGUGGAGCUUCUGCUGCUCGCAUGGCCGCGCUCCACGCUGGAAUCCCCGUCGAGACCUCAAUUAACACCGUGAACAGGCAGUGCUCGUCUGGUUUGACCGCAAUCAACCAGAUUGCCAACCAAAUUCUCGCAGGACAGAUUGACAUCGGUAUCGGUGCUGGUGUCGAGUCCAUGACAAAUGGGUACGGAGCUGGUGCUGCCCCUGAUGUCUCAGAGGAAGUUCUUGAGAACAAGGACGCCGAAGACUGCCUUUUGCCCAUGGGUAUCACCUCUGAGAACGUUGCCAAGGACUAUGGCAUCACCCGCAGAGUUCAGGACGAAUUCGCCGCGAAGUCGUUCCAGAAAGCCGCCGCUGCCAACAAGGCUGGCAAGUUCAAGGAUGAAAUCGUUCCCAUUACUGCCAAAUUCAUCGACCCCAAGACGGAGAAGGUUUCGGAAAUCGUCGUGGACCAGGAUGAUGGCAUCCGAGACGGUGUCACUGUUGAAAGCCUUUCCAAGCUCAAACCCGCUUUCUCGAAAGACGGUUCGACUCACGCCGGAAACGCAUCCCAGGUGUCGGAUGGUGCCGCUGCUGUUCUGCUUGCCCGCCGUUCCGUGGCCAAGCGCCUAGGUCUUCCCAUCGUUGGCAAAUUCGUCACUGCCGCCACCGUUGGUGUUCCCCCACGCAUCAUGGGUGUUGGUCCCGCCUACGCUAUCCCCCGCGUGCUUGAGAUUGCCGGCAUCACCCUCGCCGAUGUCGACUUCUUCGAGAUCAACGAGGCUUUCGCCAGCCAGGCUGUUUUCAGCGUCCAGCAUCUUAACAUUCCCUUCGAGAAGGUCAACAUCAACGGAGGAGCUAUUGCCAUUGGCCAUCCUUUGGGAUGCACUGGUGCCCGCCAGGUCGCCACUGGUCUCAACAUCGCCAAGCAGACUGGCAAAAAGCUGUUCGUGACCAGCAUGUGCAUUGGUUCGGGCAUGGGCAUGGCUGCCAUCUUCGUGAGCGAGCAGUAG